AUGAGUGCUCGAAUUCCCUCACGGCGCCUGGGGCAGUCCGCCCUCGCCGUCUUCCGCCCGCACACUCGCUGGGUGCCGUCGACAUCGCUUCCUUCACUCGCCCAGCGCAAUGUCUCUUUCGGGCGCAAGAACCAAGACGAUGACCUCACCAACCCCAUCCUCGAAGACUAUCUGAACAAGAAGGAGAAGGAGCACGAGGCAGACGCAAACGACAAGGGCGAGCCAGCACGCCCGACACGCCCCGCACAGCGCACAGGAGACUUCGCCGUUACCCCGACGUCGCUCUUCGCACCCGAGAACGACAUGCCCGGAUGGCGGCAAGACCUGAGUCCGCAGGAGAAACUCGACCUCAAGGCAAAAUACAGACAGAGGGAGCAACGAGCAAAGGCACAGGAAGACAGAAAGCUCAUGAGCAUGACCCUCGACCCUGACGAAAAAGCCCGCAAGCGCCUCGAACGCAAACUCAUCAUCUCCGGUGUCAAGCGCCACGGCCGCAUGACAAAGGCUGCAAAGCUACUCCGCACCGAGCGCCAAUCGCUGUACAAGUCACAAGUCCUCCCUACGUCUACCAAGAAGCUGCAGAAGGUCGUCAAUCAGAUCGCCGGAAAGACCAUCUCAGAGGCCCUGGUCCAACUCCGCUUCUCCAAGAAAAAGAUCGCUCGCGACGUCAUCAAGGGCCUCGAGAUCGCGCAAAACGAAGCCAUUGCGGGCCGGGGCAUGGGCCUAGCUGGCGAGGAGGCUGCUGUGUCUCGUUGGAAUAAGCAAAGAGAAGCUACGGAUGCGGGGAGGCCGAAGGAUACUUGGGACUACAAGACCUCCCAAGAGGAUGGUAGUGUAGAAGCGAACAAGGUCAAAGUGCCCUUCUUCAAAGACACGACGAUUCAAUUGAAGGAUGGCAGUAAGAAGGUGGUGCGCGACCCCAGUGAGAUCUACAUUGAUCAGGCAUGGGUGGGGCCCGGAGAGAGCUGGAAGACCCCUGAGUUCAGGGCGCGGGGUGCCAUCAACAUGCUGAAGCACCGGACGACCAGCUUUUCCGUACUUCUCAAGGAAGAGAAGACGCGGAUGCGCAUCUCGGAUGAACUCAAGAAGAAGCGCGACAACCGCAAGCUAUGGACUGCACUACCCGACCGACCCGUGACAUCACAGCGGCAAUACUGUCUGUGGUAG